CGAUAACGGAGGUUGCUGUUGUUCUGUUACGUGUUAAGUACAAUGAAUCGGGAAAGGUAGUCUAUAUCGCAGGAAUAAAUACGCGAAGUAUGUGUUAUCAGUGAACAGAGCGGCGUUCCAUUUGUGAUAUGAUCAUCGUUUUCAAAACCAGCAAAAUUUUGUCGUGGUGCUGUUUUAACAGCUAAUCAACAGACAAUCGGACAAAAUUCUCGUUCUAGUCGAUUCAGUAUCCGCGGUGGAACGAUGGCCGGGUUCGUGUUGAGAGUUAAAACGAAAUCAGGUCAAAAGGUCGUGAACGGACUGAUCCCGAAGGACAAGGUGUCCGAAUUGAAGUCCAAGCUUUCCGAAAUAACGGGAAUACCAGUCGGGGCGCUUCACGUUCUCGGUGGAUUUCCACCAAAGGCGAUUAAUCUGAACAAAGAGAAGGCCACGAUCGAGGAGAGCGGCAUCGUCUCGGGCGAUACCUUGAUCGUAGAAGAGAAGCCACUUCAUUACAACGGGGAACAAAAAUUUGAGGAUAUAGGACGGUCUCAUAUCGACGAAGAAAAUUUCAUCGAUACGCCUGGUGUGUUGAUGAAAAAAGUCGUGCCUGCUGAUAACUCUUGCUUGUUUACCAGUGUCGGUUAUGUACUCAAUGGUAAAGUUGACUCCAGUUGUGCAAGUUUCAUGAGGGAGAUCAUAGCAAGUGCUGUGGCAGCUGAUCCGGAAGAAUAUUCAGAAGGCCUUUUGGGUCGUCCCAAUCCUGAAUAUUGUAAAUGGAUUAUGAAGUCUGAUUCAUGGGGAGGAGCUAUAGAAUUGUCAAUAUUAUCGAAAUUCUAUGGAUUAGAAAUAGCAGUAAUUGAUAGUAUUAAUGCCAUAAUCAACAGAUUUGGAGAAGAUCAACACUAUGCUCAAAGGGUCUUUUUAAUAUUUGAUGGUAUUCACUAUGAUCCAUUAUAUUUGGAACCAUUGGAUGGUAGUAGCAUUCAAACAAUCUUUCCCACGGAGGAUGAAAGGAUAUUAUUAGAAGCAGCUGAACUUGCAAGAGAAGCGAAAUCUAGUCGUCAAUUUACGGAUGUUCAAAAAUUCACGUUAAUGUGCAAUGAUUGUAAGAUUAAAUUAAAUGGUCAAACGGCUGCUCAACAACACGCUAAAGAGACGGGUCAUAUGAAUUUCGGAGAAGUAGCCGCGUAGCAAAAUAAAUCUAUCCUUUGCCAAUUAUCAAUUACAUUUAAUCAGACUGCUGUUUGAGAAUCCUACUAAAUUCAAGUCUCGAGCAGAAUUUUCUACUUUAAAUGAGGCUUGCAAGCAGACUAGCUAUAUGAUAUGGAUACUUUAUUGUUGACAGAAGAUAUAUGCAGUGCACUAUGAGGAUUGUUUAGACGUAUAAUAUACACAGGUUUUUAAUUUUGACUAAAGAUCAGGUUCCUGGAACUAAAUCUUAAAACUUUCUGUUAUCUUUCAGGUCUGUACAGUUGCUUUCGUUGCGGUAUAAAAAAAUUCGUGAUUAAAUUAAUUAGAAAUCGAUGUAUUUAAAUUUCGAUGAACGUGUUUAAACAUAUUUUAUUUUUUUUUUUAUUUAUCGCUCUUGCAAUGGGAAAUAUCUUACGAACGUAUUGAAAAUAACGUGUUACGAAUUAUCUCUUUAGCGAGAUUAAGAAUCUGUGAUAUUAGAUUACAUUUGCCUAAACGGAAUUCAUAGCCUUUAUUGGCAGCGAGUGUGUUCCAUGCCAUAUAGAAGUAAAUUUUUAAAUUUAUUGUACAGUGAAAUGCAAUUUACUUAAUUUCGCUUUUAACAGCAAAUAAGUCUAGCACUGUUAAUAGAAAAUUUAACACCGAUAAGCCACUAUUCCCAAAAGAAAA